GCGGAGAGCACGCUUAGAUUGUACUACAGUGUAGUACCGCUGCCAGCAGCAGACGCGUCUCCUGCUCACUCCCGCUCUUCAGCAUCUUCUUCUGGUUCAUGGAUUAUACAGUUUCCCUCCAAGUGCAACAUCAGCUGGCGGUGUUCCCGACGCAUUUCCAUCAGGGCUACAGCGUGGAGUUACAGAUGAAGUCAACAGAGGUGGACCAAGGGCUUUUCACAGACAGCUACUGCAAAGUGUGCAGCGCUCAGCUCAUUUCCGAGUCCCAGCGGGUCGCCCAUUAUGAGAGUCGGAAACAUGCCAACAAAGUGCGACUGUAUUACAUGCUACAUCCUGUGGAUGGAGGUUGCCCUGCCAAGAAGCUCAGAUCAGACAAUGGCAGUGACGACGGUGAUGUGGACAAGAAUAAAUGCUGCACACUGUGUAACAUGUCCUUCACCUCAGCGGUUGUGGCACAGUCACACUACCAGGGUAAAAUCCACGCAAAGAGGCUAAAACUACUACUGGGAGAGCAGCCUGCCAUCACAACCAAAGAGGCAUCCCCCAGUCCUGUUAAGACCUCCCCAGAAGCAUCUCCUAUGACCUCCCCACGACAGCGCCGUGACUCAGACCGCUACUGCCAGCUAUGCAACGCCUGGUUCAACAACCCUGGCAUGGCUCAGCAACAUUAUGAUGGCAAAAAGCACAAGAAGAACGCUGCCAGAGCAGAUCUCCUGGAGCAGCUGGGAAAGACCCUGGACAUGGGAGUGAUGAAAGGUCUGAAGCGAAGCUACUCCUGUGAAGUCUGCAGCGUCACACUCAACUCAGUGGCACAGUACCAUGCACAUCUGCAGGGCUCAAAGCACCAAAACAAUCUGAAGAAUCAGAUAUGUGUCCAGUGAGCGUGGGACGCCGAUUAAAAAAAAAAAAAAAAAAAACUACUACUGGAUUGAUGUCAGACAAGCUGUGUUCAGCUUGCCCUGCUUUUUCUGCCUCCGCCAUGCUUUUCGCUCCUCUCAAAACUAUUUCAAUUUCUCUCCUCAUCCCUCCAUUUCCAUCUCUCUCUGGCUUUUUACUCUGUCUGUUUUGGAUUUUUUUUUUUCUAACACUAGAACUGCAUCAGCUCCCUCACCUGUCAAUAUAAAGUGCAGUUCCUGCACAUUGUUAGCCACUCCCAAACCAUAAACUUUGACUUCACACUGCGGCUGUAUUCUCUGCUUUUUUUUCCUUUUUCUUGUUUUUAAUUAUUUGUUUUUUCAGUCCACUGACCGUCUGAGAAUAUUAAAGUGGAUCUGAUACGCAGCAGCCUUUCUAACAUGCAUGGACUGAAUUUAGCUUUAUUUUUCACAUGUUAAGUACUGUAAGUGGAAUUAAGAAUAUAAGGGUUUGUUUGCUUUUGCUCAGUUUUAAUGUAACACAUGCAUAGUGUCUAACAUUGUUAAAUCAUUGCCCUAAAUUAUGUAAGGUAACAGUGUAAUUUAGUGCAUACAUUCUGGACCUAAAUCCCCUUGUAGCUUUUAAGGGGUUAAUGGCAAUAAUGACACUAGUAGAAGUCUAACAAUAAGUUGCAUUGGUAUUGUCUUCUAUUGGCCAUACUGAAGACUAAAUUGCUCUUUUUUCUUGGGUUUUGGUUGUGCUGUAAGAAGACCACCAGAACUGGUGAGAUUUGUCUGCAUCUACACAGGAUUACAAGUUUCAAAUAGAAGCUUUCAACACUUUUAAUUUGCCAGUACUGGCACCAUGGUAAGAACUUUGCUUUCACCAUGUUAAUUGCUGUGAUCUGGGAACAACUAACAUCACUGUAAAGCAAUCAAGUGGGGUAAGAAACUGUCAAACAAUCAGACAAGUCAGAAAAAGUUAGCCAAACUUUGCUAAAGGAGAAACAAAGAAGGAUUUCCCAAACUCUAUCCAUGUACCCCAGCAUCAUCCCAAGCAAAGCAGCACAGAUAUUUUUCUCCUCUGGUCCUCCAGGAUACUUAGCUCAUCUGCCCCAAGUUCUCCACCCAGUUAGCUUCGUUUCAGCAUGAAAGGAUUUGCGUUGCAAGCUCUUGAGGUCUUCACAUGAGGUCUAAAGCUAGGAGUAUUCUUCUGCAGACAUACACAGAAAAGAGCGCUAUUGCCAGUUGAUUCCAUUGGUACCAAAUCAUUUGCACAAACUAGAAACAGGAACCGUCUAACUAAAAGAACUGUUUGAUGUCUGGAGCACCCUUGUCCUACAGCUUUGCAUCAUGGGAAGUGAAGGGCGGCCUCAAAGAAUUUCUAGAACAUUCCAAAAGACUGUAAGUCACACAUACACUCAAUCUUUUCCAUGUAUAAGGCCAUCCAGACAUUAUUACCACACUGGUUGUGCCAUUGUAAUCCAACAUCUUCAGCUAACUCUGGGCUUCAAGUUGAGCUACUCUGUCUGGUUGUCUGGGUUUCAUGUUUCUUGCCCCUGUAUAAAUUUGUCUUUGUUUUAAAGCGGUCCCAGACGACUUCAAUAAUAAAAAGUCAUCUGUUAUCAUCAUUGACAGAAACGAUGUCAAAAUCAAACAAAAAAUUUCAUUAAAGUUGUUUUUAAGGUAUGAAAAACGUUCUGGGAUUGGGCCUGAUAUAUAUAAUACACAUGCAUAUGUUUGCGUGCGUUAAAACCUUACCUGAUUUCAAUUUGGAUCAGUUCAAGAUCAUUUUAUUAGGUUCAGACAGCUUCCAGUGCAGCUAUUUUUAGAUUCCUCUCUGGAAGUUCUGUUCUGACCAUUUACAUUUACAAACUUUCACAAUGGACCACCUUCAAAUUAUGUUUGAAAGUGACAUAAAUUUCAAAGCCUAAUGGUAGGUGAUGAUCGAGACCAGAAGCAUGGUUGUUGUUACUCAUUCACUGGAUUUUGCACCAUGACAAAGUGAGACUGUCAACACCAUGCUCCUGUGGGAUCUGAGGGAGAACACUGACAGAAAAUUACCUGUCUUGUGCCACCAUACUGUAAUGAUCUGUCAUGUUUGGCCACACGAACACAGUGCGCUGGGAGAGCCAGUGGAAAUUACAGAGGCACAAGUAGUGGUAGACAAAAUGCGACUUCCACAGACUGAUCUGAAAAGCUGAUCUUGAAUUUUUGGGAAAAUUGGGAAAAGUUUUUCAUUUUUCUAGGCCUCGUCCAGGAAGUUGUUGAUCACACCUGUUACAAAGAACAGCUAGGUUUCUCUUGGUUAUAAAAAAUGUCACCAGACAUGAUCUCUACCGCACGUUGAAAAGAGGGACUUUGUUUUGUUUUAAAUUGCUGUCCAAUGCAGCAUAUACAGUCUAAUAUAUAGAGUCAGUGUUUCAAAAAAUAUAUAUUUCCUUUCAUUUCAGUAUGGUCUUCAUCUCAGGGAGGUGUAACUGGAUGCUUUUGUGAAAUUUAACAAUGCUGUUGAGAGCUGAACAUUCACAUGUACUGAAUCCAUUCCACCAUAGAGACUUCUAGAAUGUGUUGGUAGAUGAGGUAGAAAGGACUGAAGUAUAACUGUAAUGGUUUCACAGUAUUUGAUAUUGAUGUGAAGUGUUUUAAAGGGUAAUUCAGCUUUACAUAUAUAGACAAUAUAUAUAUUAUUCGAAGCUUAUGUAGCAUUCUUCUUUCUUACAUGUCAUGUCAAGAAAUUAAAGAUGUUGACUUAAAAGCCAGUAUUGUAUAAAUGAGCACUAUGAGGAAAACUAUAGAUGAGUAAUAUAUCACUGUUGUGGACCAGAUUAAGUUGUAAUUGCUAUCUGUUUACAAUGUAAGUGAUUUUAUCUACUAUCGUUUUCAGUGCUGUGUCAACUGCAGACCUGUGUUUGAUUAACAUGUAGCUUUGACUGUGUCGUUAAAGCGUUUAAUUUCUCAGCCCUCUAAGGUUAUUGACAGCUGAAAUCACUUAAAUAUGGAGCUGGAGAUUUGUACUGUAGAGGAAAAGAAAAAGAUUAUCAUCUCAAUUUGAAAAGUGGAAGAAUUGUCGCUGGCUGAUGUCAGAGCCGCCAGCUGAUGUGUGAGAUGCCACCGCCAACGACAUUAUGAAUAAUUUCUAGAAAUGUGUUUUUUAAAUAUUGCAAAUAAGACAUGCACGUAUGAUUUGUUAUUGCAACGAGGAAAAAAAAUGAAUUGCAUUGCUCAGCCUGAGUAAUAACGUCUCUGUCCAGGCGUUGCUUUGAAUCAGUCAUUUCUCCUUCAUCACAGGAUGUCCUUUGCUCAUACACCCCCUAGUCCUGUUGUGCUCUGGGUUAUGUGCUUUAUUGUGUCUGAGAAACGAAUAAAAGACACUUGCAAUGAUUUCUUCUGUAAGUUGUUUUCUGUUUAUUUUAUUGUGUUGCUUUUUCAUCUUAUUUUUAAUAAUUAUAAAAAAUCCUAUCAGAACACAUUAAACUUUUAAGGUAGUGAGUCAGUAGUGUAGAACCACAGUUACCAGUGACAACUUGAAGUAAUCGUAUUCUGUGUGACUAUGAGUCUUUCACAUUGUUGAGGAGGACUUAUGGCGCACUUUUAUUUUGGUCAUUUCAUUGAUAUUUGUGGGCAUUUUUUGUGCACAGCUCUCUUAAAACUAGACUAUGUAAAAUCACAUCACUCUGUAGAGUGCAGAUUGGUGUUAAGGAAUUCUGUUAUUUUUACUCCUAGUUCAAGUGCAUAAUCCUAGCUGUGGUGGCCACUGUAGGACUUUUCUCCAUAACAGCUGGUUUGUUUCUACUACUUUUUGCGAAUAAAAAGAUGGUCACAUCUUUUGCUUUCACUUUUUAGCUUCUUGGAUGAUAAAACAUAUUUAGCUCAAUGUAACGUGAAUGCCUAUGAGUUCUUUUCUUCUCUGCCUUUGAUGUACCAUGUGUACGACUAGACUAUAACCACAUAUAUACAAUGUGAUUAGGUGGAGUGUCCAUCUCUGCACCACGGUGGGUUUAACAAACGGUGCUCGCGCUUAUGAGUUUUUCAGUGGAUUAAUUCCAAUAAAAAUGCAUAAGGUCGUUAGAAGACAUGAUUACACACUAAUAAAUGUAUGUUUCCGAGUACAAUAUUUUAUUUUAUACUAAAUAAAAUUACUUACUCUAUGAUUUUGCAGUUUCUCUGAGCAUUUCACCUAACUUUGGGGUGAAUUUGAUAGGAUAUCCACUCCUGGCAGGAUUACUUUCUAAUCCUUAACACACACCUGAAC